GAGGGACCACAACUUGAAAAAGUCACGUCCUAUACAACUCUACAACCUAGCAGAGUUUGCCGGAAGCAGUCAUCUUACCUUUUUACCCACAGAGUACUGAAAAACACGCAGUGAUUUCACCGUGAUUUUUGUACAAAUGAACAGGGUGGAAUCUUAGAGCACAAGCUAUGAAUAGAUUUCGCGAAGUCAACCGCCGAUCCAAAAUCACUUAUUUCCAGUAACAAGAUGCGGUGAAAACCGUGUAACAUUUCUCGCGAGGCAACGCGAAUUCCUAGCGCUAAGUCUUGAAGAAUAGCGGGUGCAAAAUGUUGCUAGAUUACAGAAGGGAGUAGUGAAAUGAACGGCAACCGUUCAGAUUCUGGGGGGUUAAGACUUGAAGUAAUACCAGUCGCCAUGCAACCGAAUUUAGUGAUGCUUCAUCGAAAGAGGAAGGCAUGGGCAGAGAGAGGAGCGGCAGAGGAGGCUGGCAGGGAGGGAGGGCGUGGUCUACCGAGGGAGAACGGACGAGGAGGCCGAGGCGCGGGGAUUGGUUGCAACGAGAGCCGCUCGCCUGGGAAAAUAGGUCCGAGUCCUGGGGAUGCUUUUCUUUGUUUUCUCGUCCUGGAUUCUAUCUUUUGGUCCACCCCAGCCGCGAAUCUCAUCGUCCUGCGGUGGGUCCCUGACCGACGCACCCUCAAGCUGGCUAAAAGACCACAAACGAUGUGGAGGUUGGUGUCGACGAAUCGGGCGGAGUUCCGAGCGAGACGCGGAGGCGGGGAAUCGAGUCGCAGCGGCCUCGUUAGCUCCACCCCCACCCCCUAGGAGACGUCCCCAAGCUGCAGCGUCCCCUCGAUUGCUGCAAGAAUUGCCUUCUUCUCCGCAUCAAUCCUUGUUCUUGAUCCUCUCCCUGUGCUUGUUCUCCCUCGUCUUCCCAGAAUCUUCUCGCCACCUGCCAUGAAAUCUGUUACUGUGUGUGUGUGUUUGCAUUGCUGCUCAUGAGCCCGAGCUUACAAGUGGGCCGUGUUCUAAGGACGCUCGCCUAGGUUCAGAAACUGCGAGUAUUGUUUUGCGUGAAGCUUAAUCUGCCUGGUUUGUUUGCUGUUGUUUUGUUUUGUUUUGUCUUCUCUUAUGAUAGGAGUGUGAUCGUUUUCCUGGGGUUGGUUCUUCUCAAGAAGAGAGGUGUUUGGAGACAUAACCCAGUUGGGUUUCUAGGCCCUAAGUUUUGGGACGAUACAAGUAGAACACCGUUGUACUGGUGCAACAGCCAGCAAGUGUCCGUGUCAUUUAAUUCGUGGGGUAUUGCGGUUUUCAGUUGUUCUCGAGAGUACAAGAAUCCGCGCGUAUUGAAGAAGUUGUCGGUUGUGGUUCGAUUUGGAGAAUGAGGCAAAUGCCAAUACUCGAACUACAGGGCGAUGGAUCGGCAAGGUGCCGCUGCUAUUAAUCUUCUCUUAUUUGAAAACAUGAAAUGGGUCGCUGCAUUGACGAUUUGAUGAGCUCCUAGUUUCGAAAGGUUAAACCGGGGCUCUCACAAGUCAUUUUGCGGUUUCGCAUUUAUCUUUGUUC